AUCCAGACUGGUGUCUCCACCAGGCAGGAGUGCCCUCCUAAGCCUGCUGACCUGGCCCAAAGAACUACAGCUACAGACCCCAGAGACCAACCAGAUGGACAGAACCCCCAGCCCAACACCAAGGUCUUACAUGAAACAUUCCCUCAACACACAUUCCUGAUGAAUGGGCUUAUUCACGAUGUCAAGGUGAUAAGGGUCAGGUCAGAGACAGUUGCAGCCUUCAUCGCUGUGGUGGGCAUCCUCUCCAUCAUGGCUCAGACGGUGGUUCUCGGGAUCCUGAUGCGCUCCAUAGCGAAUAAGAACACCAUCCUACUGGGCCUGGGCUUCCAGAUAUUACAGCUGGCCUGGUACGGCUUCGGAUCACAACCAUGGAUGAUGUGGGCAGCAGGAGCGGUGUCUAGCAUCACCUUCCCAGCUAUUAGUGCCAUCCUGUCUCGCAACGCAGACUCAGACCAGCAGGGGGAGCUACUACGACCACAUACCAAUAUAAGACUGCCCUAAUCAGAAAUUGUCCCUAUUUUUUUCAGAUCUGAAAUGUUUGUCUAUAUAAUAUACAAUGCAUAGUAUAGGCUACUUGCUCUAAAGAUUUCAACCCCAAUGGUGAGCUUAUAAAUGAUUUCUGAAGCGUU